GAGGGGGAGGGGGCGGCCGGCGGUUGCCAUGGCAGCGCGGGCGGCGCGAUGGAGACGUUCCCGUCCCGCUACUUCACCCCGCGCGAGGUGGCGGCGCACGCGCGGCCCGGGGACCUCUGGGUGUCGUUCCUGGGCCGCGUCUCCGACCUCAGCCCGCUGGUCCGGCAGCACGAGGGGGACGUCUUGCUGAGGCCCAUCUUGGAAGCGGCGGGAAAGGACAUUAGUCACUGGUUCAACCCCAAGACCAGAGACAUCCAGACCCACGUGGACCCGCUGACGGGCUGCGUCAAGUACUACACCCCCCAGGGCCGCUUCAUCCACAUCCCACCCCAGCUGCCCCGCUCCGACUGGGCAAACGACUUCGGGCUGCCAUGGUGGAAGGACAGCAAGUAUGAAGUGGGGAUCCUGGCUUCCAAGACCCGGCACAUCCGCGUCGUCAACACCCUGACCUCGCAGGAGCACAUGCUGGAGGUGUGCGCGGAGGAGUCCAUGUGGGAGAUCCUGCGGCGCUACCUGCCCCACAACGCCCACGCCGCCAGCUAUACCUGGAAGUACGAGGGCGUCAACCUGGACAUGGACAAGACGCUGGAGCAGAACAAGAUCCCGGACGAGGACAUGGAGUUCUACCAGCUCAACCUGGACUCCGACCUGUACACGCCGGGCAUCUUGCUGUACUUCAACGACGACCUCACCGAGUUCUAGGAAGCGGGGGCAGGGCCACCCAUUGGGCCCUUUCCUUGGGGAGAUUUCUGCCCCAGGUGGGAAACGGCUCUCAAUUCUCCUCCUGAAUUCUCCACCUCCAGCAGCGCUGGGUGCGUCGCUCUGUCUGCAGGCCUCGAACCCGGGACCUUGCAGCUCUCGAAGCUGAGCUAAAGAAAACCCGGUUCCCGGAGCUCAAAGCGCCGCGGAGUGUUAGUGUUCCCUGCUUCAUCCCGUCCUGCCCCCUUUGUCUCACCCCCAGCAUUGCCAACUCUCACUCAAAUCACAAGCCAAACCGGAUUGGACCAUAAGCCCAUCAAGCCGGUAUCCUGUCUGUGGCAGGGACCAAUUGCUUCAGAAUAAGGCGCAGGGAAGGAUUGGCCCCUGUUCGGGAGCUGAAACGGUCGCUCCCGUUCCACGUCGGAUGCAGGGUUCCUGUUUCUGGCCUGUCUCUGUGGUGCUGGUACCGUGGGGCUGUUUUGUACCAACUUGUCAUGUUCAUAAUGGAAAUAAAAUCUUUGUUACGACA